AUUUAGCUGCUGAGAAUGACUAUUGCCAAACAGAGAGUAGGGGAUGAUGAAGUUGGCGUUCGUCAUUUUGCACCUCAUGAACGAGAAGAUCUUGUUCUGCAGCUGGAGAAGACAAGAGAACAGAUAGAAUCUCUGGAACAUGACCUCCGAACCGCUCUGGAUGAGCUCCAAGAUGUGAAGCAGGAACGCUCGUUCUUCCAGGAUAAAGCGGAAAGGUUGAACCAAGAACUUAACCAUGUUCUAGGUGGUCAUGAAAAAAGGAUCAUCGAUGUGGAUGCGCUGUGUAUGGAGAACAGGUAUUUGCAGGAAAGGCUGAAACAACUGCAAGAGGAAGUUAACCUGCAGAAAAGCAACAUCGUCAAAUACAAGAAUGCUCUGGAGAGAAGGAAGAAUUCCAAGUCAAGUGGCAAGUCAAACAGCAGUGCUCUGACAGGGGUGCUUUCUGCCAAACAAGUUCAGGAGUUAUUAUCCGAGGACCAAGGCUGUAGCCUUCCUGCCACUCCGCAGUCCAUCUCUGAUCUGAAGUCUCUGGCUACGGCUCUGCUGGAAACCAUCCAUGAGAAAAAUAUGGUCAUUCAGCACCAAAGACAAACCAACAAAAUUUUAGGCAAUCGAGUGGCGGAGUUGGAGAAGAAACUCCGCACAUUAGAAGUGUCUGGACUGUGGAGUCUUCCAGGGGGCCGGGAUACCAUCUCACUACAAGAUCCAUCAAUAACAAACCAACAGCGUCCAAAGUCGCCAAUGAUCACGUUUACUGAGGUGCCUUGUCAUAAACCUCUGACCUAUGAAGCACACAGGCAACAAAGUGUUGACAUCCGCUGUAGUGAUUUGCGCAUGCAAGCCAACAAUGAGACCACACAACCACUGGAAAACUCCCAAGAUGCACUUGGUAAUACUUAUGAGAACAUGUAUCUUCAUCCUUUAAUCCCUCUAUUGUGCUCGGAGACAGAAGAACUGGAGAAGACGGGGAAGACGAUCAUUGAACUAACUGAAGAACUGGCAGCAGCUGAGCUAGAAGAUAACCAUCUUAUAAAUUCAGUUGAAGGACAAAAUGUUGCAGAUGUGACACCCCCUCUUGAUAGCUUUGAGCCUCCAUCAUCCAGUUCAGAGCUUGCUGACCAUUUGGAAUCUGAGAUAUUAUCAGCUGGAAGUUUAGAGGAAUCACAGGACUCUGCUGAUGGAAGCUUAGAUAGUUCUGGUCUCCAAAACUGUGUGGACACAAAAGAGGGACUUUCUGAGUCCUCUGCGAUGGAUGAGUUAACAAAACUUCUUAGUAGUGAUGAAAGUGUAGGAAAAGAAGUAGAAAAGAAAGGAUCAUGA